AUGGGCUCACUGCUGCCAAUGCCAAACGAACAACAUAAAUUCUUACAAAUAUACUUUAUGGGCGGCGAGGAUUCCGGAAGCGCACUUGCCGAUCGCGUGAAUGCACGUUGUGAUUAUAAUAACCUUGAUUCAUUUUAUGCCAGGCGCAUCGUCAGCGAGCUAGAUGCUAUUUUGAACGAGCACAACGAGUUGUUGAAAAUAUUCAAAUCACAUAUGCACCAAUUACAAAGCGAUAAUCACGCUAUUGUCAUUAAUCCUGAUAAAACACCAGCUGGAGAGCAUAUUCGUAGAUUCAAUGCACCCGCUGUUGAUGAUGUUGCUGUAAUCAUGGUUGGCGAUUGUACAACUGCACGAGAAAUUGUGAUUCGUAGAAGAAAUAAUAAUCUUCAGUUCAUUGCUGACACACAUCGUUCAUAUGACGCUCUACAAUAUCCGCUAAUAUUCUGGAAGGGACAAGAUGGAUAUUGCAUAAACAUAAAACAACGAGAUCCCGUAUCAGGAGCUGAAACAAACAAGAACGUUAGCUCAAAGGAUUAUUAUGCGUACCGAUUAAUGAUUAGACGUGGCCUGGACAACGUCAUUUUACGAUGUCGAGAGCUUUGUCAACAAUUCAUGGUCGACAUGUAUGCGAAGAUUGAAAGCGAACGACUACGAUACUUACGAUAUAAUCAACAAAAGCUGCGCGCGGAAGAGUACAUUCAUUUGCGAGACGCUAUCAACAACAACGACGACGUCGCCGAAAUUGGUAACCAUGUCAUUUUACCAUCAUCGUACGUAGGCAGUCCACGUCAUAUGCAAGAAUAUAUACAGGAUGCUCUGACUUUCGUGCGCGAAUAUGGACGACCAUGUUUAUUUAUCACGUUCACAUGUAAUCCAAAAUGGCCAGAGAUUACAUCUUUGCUACUACCUGGCCAAAAUGCAAUACAUCGCCAUGACAUUACAGCACGUGUGUUCAGACAAAAGUUGAAGUCUUUAAUAAGUUUCAUUACUAAAUUAAAUGUAUUUGGUCCCACACGUUGCUGGAUGUAUUCGGUUGAGUGGCAAAAGCGAGGAUUACCUCAUGCACACAUUUUGGUUUGGUUCAUCGACAAAAUCCGUCCUGAAGAAAUCGAUAGUAUCAUUUCUGCCGAAAUUCCAGAUCCAUCCACUGACCAACUGCUGUUUGAUAUUGUUACAACAAACAUGAUUCAUGGUCCAUGUGGUACUCUUAAUAGUUCAUCGCCUUGCAUGGCUGAUGGAAAAUGUACUAAAAAUUUCCCUAAAGAUUUUACCAAUGAUACGGUCACAAAUGUCGACGGAUACCCAAUAUAUCGUCGAAGAAAUCCUGAAAAUGGCGGACAAUCAUUUAUUAAAAAUAUCAUCAACACAGACAUUGAUAUUGACAAUCGUUGGGUGGUGCCAUAUUCGCCUCUGCUGAGCAAGACAUAUAAUGCUCAUAUUAAUGUUGAGUUAUGCAGUUCUGUAAAGAGCAUCAAAUACAUUUGCAAGUAUGUCCAUAAAGGAAGUGAUAUGGCUGUGUUUAGAGUGGAAAAUACUAAUGUGAAUGCUCCUCAAGUGAAUAAAAACGAUGAAAUAACGCUCUACCAAAUUGGUCGGUACAUCAGCUCUAAUGAAGCUGCUUGGCGUAUCUUUGGUUUUCCAAUUCAUGAACGGGAUCCAGCAGUUGUUCAGUUAGCCAUCCAUCUUGAAAACGGUCAGCGUGUAUUUUUCACGAACGAGACAGCGAUUGAUCGUGCAAUAAAUCCACCUAAAACUACACUCACUGCAUUUUUUGAAUUGUGUAAUCGUGCGGAUGAUUUUGGUGCCUUUGCACGAACAUUACUCUAUUCACAAGUACCACGCUAUUUCACAUGGACUCAAACAAAAACAUGGAUGCCCCGCAAGCAAGGCUCACCAGUUGCUGAAUGUCUCAAUUUAUUUAAAUCAAACGCCUUGGGGCGAUUAUUUACAGUCAAUCCAAGACACACGGAGUGCUUUUAUCUUCGACUGUUGUUGGUUAAUGUUACUGGCCCAUUAUCAUUUCAAGAUAUUCGUAUAGUGAAUGGGCAACAAUAUCCAACGUAA